AUGGAUACAUCCUUUCCAACGGCUGCGAGGCCUAUUCUGGCAUCAUCUCUUCUGCCCCCUGAUGAUGACCCUGCAAGUAUAGCCAGCUCACUGGAUGAGGAUGAAUGGCGACUGAAACCCGACAUCUACGGCGACGAAGCGUCAAAGAAACCCGCGGCCGCUAUUGCAUCUACCGGUCAGAUACUGGGGAUAUCUUCCCUAAUACCCAAUUUAGAUCAAGGAAACCAGACAUCAGACAAUAAUGGUAAUGUUAGAGAAUGGGUUGAUGAGUUAUCUAUCCAUUUCUUGAUCUCUUUAAUCACACGAAGCCCAAGUGUAACUCCAGACAGACCAAGGGCCUUUGUUAUUCAGUUUUCUGGCCGCCGCCCAUUACCACCGACAACUCUUCACGGCUUCAUACAAGCAAAAUUGCCAGAUCUUUCCCCCAAGGAAACAGAGGCCAUCAUUAACAGCGUCAGCAUAUUCCAUGCAUCUGGAUUCGGCCAAAUAGUAAACGCCGUCGACCAGGUAUCAGACCUCCUAUUUAAAAUUGAACAAAUACGACAAGAAUCAAAAAACGAGAACACUCUGUCUCCGAACAUAAGCAGCUCUCCUAGUGGCCAAGCUAGAGUGGAAUCAGAAAAUGCCAGGGGGAAAGAAGAUGCCGCUGAACCACCUAUCCUACUCCUCAUCGAAGGAAUGGAUCUGGCGGUACAUGAGAUUAUUCGAACGUCAGACAUUGACACUGCUGGUGCACAAUUAUCCAGUUUCCUUCGCACACUUAUCCUCCUGUGCCAGACAUAUAAAUCUCUUUUGACGGUUAUCCUCAUCAAUUCUAUACCCCUACGGCCCCUGCCCCCGAUGUCUCUACAGCUGUCCCCGGAAGAGCUCCAAGCUCAGCUGCGUGCUGGAACAACUCCUGUUGAAACUCCGUGGACGUCACCGUAUACGGUCAAGGAUAUGGAAAUCCCAGUGGAAUCUGCUUUCGAUGCUCUUCCCGAUCGCCAAUUGAUAACUGCAUCUCCAUACCCACCUAAUCAGCGUUUAUCUCUUCUAGCAGACGCAAUCGGGGAAGGCAUCGAUAUUCAUCUGGUUGUCUCGUGCGUAGAUAAUGAACGGAUAAUCGAAGUAGUCAAGGACAGAGAUAAGGUUGUAAUGUAUGGAGGUAUAAAAUACAUGCCGAAUGGUUUGGAGGAGAAACAAAGCACAAAUAGACGCCAAUGCCGCUAA